AUGCUGGAAAAAGUGGACAACGCUGUUUCAACGGUGCAAGAAGCCUUGAAAAGAAGUAAAUUAGACCCACAAUCGACGACAUCGACCGGUGUCGAAGGGACGAGGCCCACGCCUAGUAGUGAAGCUACUACCGGUGAGGUUGGUGGCACCAGUGACAAGAAGAAGAAGAAGAAGAAAAAGAAGAACACCAACAUCAAAAACAUCACCAAUUUUUACCCAGACAACGUUUAUCCCGAGGGCCAAUGGAUGGAAUACCAUCAAGAUUUCAACUUGCAAAGGACCACGGAUGCAGAGAAACGGUACGAAGCAAGGGACAAAGAGAACGCGACCCGUUGGAACGAUAUGCGUAAAGGUGCCGAGAUUCAUCGUCGCGUGCGUAAGAAUCUGCAAAACAAAUUGAAACCUGACAUGUCGUUGAUGGAUGUGGUUGAUAUUGUUGAAAAUGCUACUCGUAAAUUCACGGGUGUUGACGAAAAUGGUGAAUUUGCAGGUCAGACGAAAGUCCAGGGUAUUGGUUUUCCUACAGGUGUUUCUUUGAACAAUAUAGCAGCCCAUUUCACGCCCAAUGCGGGCGAUAAGACUGUUCUUCGUUACGAGGAUGUUAUGAAAGUCGAUAUUGGUGUGCACAUUAACGGGUACAUUGUCGACUCCGCGUGGACCGUGGCGUUUGAUUCCAAGUACGACAAUUUGCUUGAAGCCGUGCGUGAGGCGACCAACACGGGUGUUCGUGAAGCCGGUAUCGACGUGCGGCUCACGGAUAUCGGUGAAGCCAUCCAGGAAGUCAUGGAAUCCUACGAAAUCGAACUUGACGGGACUACUUACGGUAUCAAACCAUGCCGGAACUUGUGCGGCCACAAUAUAGCGCCCUUCCGCAUCCACGGUGGGAAAUCCGUGCCCAUUGUCAAGAACGGUGACCAAACCAAGAUGGAGGAAGGUGAACAUUUUGCCAUUGAAACUUUCGGUACCACUGGCCGCGGCUACGUCGUACCCAGUGGCGAAUGCUCCCACUACGCAAAGGCGCAGGGCUCCCAUCCUGUACCCUCGCUCUCACGUGCCAAGGCUUUGCUGAAGACCAUCGACGACAAUUUCGGUACUCUGCCCUUCUGUCGUCGCUAUUUGGACAGAAUUGGUGAGGACAAGUACUUGUUUGGACUAAACCAGCUCGUAAAACAGGGCAUUGUUCAGGAUUACCCACCUCUCGUCGACGUCGCGGGCUCUUACACGGCUCAAUUCGAACAUACCAUCCUGUUACAUCCGCACAAGAAAGAAGUUGUCUCAAAGGGUGAGGAUUACUGA